AGAGAGACAGGCCUGCACCCUGAACCCAGUCUGUUCCUCUGGACUCCUCCCCUUCCUGGAGAUGGCCCUCCCCUUCCUGUGGGUUGCCGUGGCGUGGCAGGUGUGGUUGCCCGUGGCGACGGGUGCCCAGCUUAGCGAGCGGCGUGUGGUGGCCCACGUGCCCGGUGACAUCAUCAUCGGAGCGCUUUUCUCCGUCCACCACCAGCCGCCGGCCGACAAGGUGCACGAGCGGCAGUGCGGCGCGGUGCGCGAGCAGUACGGUAUCCAGCGAGUGGAGGCCAUGCUGGCGACUCUGGACCGGAUCAACGCCGACCCCGGGCUGCUGCCGCAGGUGACGCUGGGCUGCGAGAUACGCGACUCGUGCUGGCACUCGGCCGUAGCGCUGGAGCAGAGCAUCGAGUUCAUACGCGACUCGCUCGUCGCCGCUGACGACGACUGGGGACCCAUGCGCUGCUCAGAGCCGGGGGCGACGGCGAUGCGCGGCAAGAAGCCGAUCGUGGGCCUGAUCGGGCCCGGCGCCAGCGCGGUGGCCAUCCAGGUGCAGAACCUGCUGCAGCUCUUCAACAUCCCGCAGAUCGCCUACAGCGCCACCAGCAUGGACCUCAGCGACAAGAGCCUGUACAAGUACUUCAUGCGCGUCGUCCCCUCCGACAAGCAGCAGGCCCGCGCCAUGCUCGACAUCGUCAAGAGAUACCACUGGAGCUACGUGUCCGCCAUACACACCGAGGGUAACUACGGCGAGAGCGGCAUGGAGGCCUUUAAGGAGAUGGCACACAAGGAGGGCAUCUGUAUUGCCCACUCUGACAAGAUCUGGUCCAACGCGGGCGACGCCAACUUCGACCGGCUGCUGCUGAAGCUGCGGACGCAUCUGCCCAAAGCCCGCGUGGUGGCCUGCUUCUGUGAGGGCAUGACCGUCCGCGGCAUCCUGCUCGCCAUGAAGAGACAGGGCCUGGUGGGGGAGUUCCUACUGGUGGGCAGUGAUGGCUGGGCGGACCGUUAUGAUGUCACGGACGGCUUGGCUCGGGAGGCAGCAGGAGGCAUCACCAUCAAACUGCAGUCUGCCGACGUGAAGUGGUUUGAUGAGUACUACCUCAAGCUGCGGCCGGAGAAUAACCUCCGGAACCCUUGGUUCCCCGAGUUCUGGCAACAUCGGUUCCACUGUCGCCUCAAAGGCCAUCCGCAAGAGAACCUCAAGUUCAACCGCACCUGCAGCAAGCGCGACUCCCUGCGGCAGCAGUAUGCCCAGGACACUAAGAUGGGCUUCGUGAUCAACGCCAUCUACUCGAUGGCCCACGGGCUGCACGCCAUGCAGCGGGCGCUGUGCCAGGGCGAGAGCGGCCUCUGCGCCAACAUGCGCCCCGUCGACGGCGCACAGCUGCUCGACUUCCUCAUGAAGACCAACUUCACCGGCGUCUCCGGAGAGGCCAUCCUCUUCGACCAGAACGGAGACUCACCGGGCAGGUAUGAGAUUAUGAACUUUAAGAAGAUGGGGAAGGAUUACUACGACUACAUUAACGUGGGCAGCUGGGACAGUAGUGGGCUGAAGAUCGAUGACGAUGAGAUCUGGCCGACACAAGACUCCAUCAUCAAGUCCGUCUGCAGCGAACCCUGUGCCAAGGGACAGAUCAAAGUGAUCCGUAAGGGGGAGGUGAGCUGCUGCUGGACGUGUACUCCGUGUAAAGAGAAUGAGUUUGUGUUUGAUGAGUACACCUGCAGAGCCUGCCAGCUGGGCUCCUGGCCCACCUACGACCUCACCGGCUGUGCUGAUAUCCCGGUGGAGUAUCUGCGCUGGGGCGACCCUGAGCCGAUCGCGGCGGUGGUGUUCUCGUGUCUGGGGCUGCUGGCCACGCUGUUCGUGACGUGUGUGUUCGUGGUGUUCCGGGACACGCCGGUGGUCAAGUCGUCCAGUCGAGAGCUGUGCUACAUCAUCCUAGCCGGCAUCAGCAUGGGCUACCUGACCACCUUCUGCCUGAUGGCGCGACCGCUCACCAUACACUGCUACCUCCAGCGUCUAGGUGUGGGUCUCUCUCCCGCGAUGAGCUACUCGGCGCUGGUGACGAAGACCAAUCGCAUCGCGCGCAUCCUGGCGGGCAGCAAGAAGAAGAUCUGCACACGCAAGCCCCGCUUCAUGAGCGCCUGCGCCCAGCUCGUCAUCGCCGCCCUGCUGGUGCUGCUGCAGCUCGCGCUCAUCGCCACCCUCUUCGUCCUGGAGCCGCCCGCCGUCAUACACCACUACCCCUCCAUCAGACAGGUGCGUCUGAUCUGCAAUACCUCUAAUCUGGGGGUGGUGGCGCCGCUGGGCUAUAACGGCCUCCUCAUCCUCAGCUGCACCUUCUACGCCUUCAAGACACGCAACGUGCCGGCCAACUUCAACGAGGCCAAGUAUGUGGCGUUCACCAUGUACACCACCUGUAUCAUCUGGCUGGCGUUCGUGCCCAUCUACUUCGGCUCCGACUACAAGAUCAUCACCACCUGCUUCUCCGUCUCCCUCAGCGCCACGGUGGCCCUCUGCUGCAUGUUCGUACCCAAGGUGUACAUCAUCAUAGCUAAGCCGGAGCGUAACGUGCGUAGCGCCUUCACCACCUCCACGGCCGUGCGCAUGCACGUAGGCCACACCUCCACCACCACACACUCCUCCAACGCCAGCCGCUCCGGCAGCCUGCUCCAGCUGUGGAAGAGACGCGGCUCCUCGGGAGAGACACUCAGCUCCAAUGGGAAGUCGGUGACGUGGGCAUCCAACGAGCGCGGCGUCUCCCGUAGCAACCAUCUGUGGCAGCGCCUGUCGUUCCACAUCAAGAGGAAGGAAGCCAAUCAGACGGCCGUGAUCAAGCCUUUCUCCAAGAGCCCCGCCCCCCUUCCUCCCCAGGACACGCCUCCACACGACAGCGCCACCGCCAAGAUGCUCUGCGUUGCCCCCGACGACGAGGAGUGUUACCAGGCGACGUACUGGCGACACACACACGCCCCCUCUCCCAUCAGCACCGUCUGCAUGUCGGUGGGCGGGAUCAGCGGCGGGUCAGGCUCCGUGAUUGGAGGAGGAGGGUCAGUGGGCGGGACCAAGGGCAGCUCGGUGGCUGCCAUUGGAGGAGGGCUGAUGGGCGGCGGGUCACAGGGGGGAGUGGGCGGAUCUGGAGGCCUCCCCAUGUUUGACGGAGAGAACGUCGAUGUUCCCAUUGGUGGCUCUGCUGGGGUGGGAGGGGCAGGGGGCGGGAUUGGAUGCGUUCCUGCGUGCGGAUUGGGCAACUUGUCUGUGGGCGGGUCUCAGGGGGCCGGGCUGAUGGCUGGGAUUGGAGGAGGAGGAGGAGGGGGAGGAUCCCUGAUGGACCAGAUCAGCUGUGUAGUGAGCAACUUCACCGCCAACAUCAGCGAGCUCAACAGCCUGAUGCUGUCGCCCUCUCACCCACACACACACACACACGCCCCGACACACACGCACACGCACGCCCAGACACACACGCACGCCCAGACACCGUACCUGCUCACCUACGCUCAGAUCCCGCCCCCUCCAGCCCAGAUCCCGCCCCCUCCUCCGGCUCCGCCCACACACCAAGCCCCGCCUCCUCCACCCCCUCCCACUCACCAGGCCCCGCCCCCUCCCCUGGCCCCGCCCCCUGACGACGACCUAGAGGAGGAGGAGCUUCUGGCGCUCACGCCCCCCUCCCCGUUCAGAGACGCUGUGGAGGGGUCGCCCAGCACCAGCUCCAACUCCCCCCCACACCACCAACUGCACUACAGCCAAAGCUCCUCCUCUCUGUAA